AUGGCCUGCAACAUGCUCCAGUUGUACCUUGUUGGUCCAGCCCGUACUUGGCUCGGUGACCUUGAGGAGAACUCCAUCUUUUGCUGGUUUGACCUGAAGCUCGCCUUUCAAGGACACUUCAGGAGCACCUACAAGAGACCCUCCACGGCCAGUGACCUACAUGCGUGUAUCCAAAAGAAGAACGAAACCUCUCGAUCUUUCCUCACUCGGUAUUUUGAAACAAGAAACGAGUGCGAGAACGUUGAUAACCGCACAGCAAUACUAGCCUUAAUAGGUGGAUUGCAGAGGGGAGGGCUGCUCCGGCAUAAGCUAACGUGCCUCCUCAACCAGCAAAAGCUAACUUUGGAUAGCAUGAUUGACAUAGCAAGUACUCACACCACCGCCAAUGACGACGCGGGUGGAGAACUGCUAACCGCAGCUGUACCCCUGCAUCAGCAGAAGAAGAACCGCGACGGCAAUAUCAGCAACAAGCGGAAGAAUCCGCCCGAAGACCAAAAGAGCAGCGGAUCUGACAUGGUCGCCAUGACGUUCCAGGGCGGCGGUCAAGGAGGCGAAAGAGGCCGCGGUCGUGGUGGCGGAGCCGGCAGGGGCUAG